GAUAAUUCUUUAUUAUGACUUUCGCUUAUUUUAAGGCAUAUUUACAGAUCAUUAUACCGCUUUUCAAUGUGCAUACAACUAACUGUAAGCCCAACUUUGGCCGUGUGUUGUGCCUCGCCGAUAUUGGCCGACAUGGGACCUUGCUUUGCCGAGUUUGCCGACCGGCCGCGCCGGGGGGUGACAUCAGAUGCAUCGGACACCAGAAGCCUACUAAGUGGUUGGUUUAGGAAGCGCAUGAAGUAUGUAUAUUUAGGGAUCCUGUCACGGCGGAAAUAUACAAUUCAACUUAGCUGACCGACUGUUGUUUUUUUCGGUUGAUCUUCCUAGUGCCACCGGCGUGAGCCACGAGUCGUUUUCCGUUCCGGCUCCGAGAGAUAUUCAGUAAUAUAGACCAAUA